CUGACCACAGCGGCCAUUUUGAAUUCGAAUCUUUGGAAAGGUCAAAAAUGUUGUUUUAUUCCUUCUUUAAGUCCUUGGUUGGAAAAGAAGUUAUUGUMGAGCUCAAGAAUGAUUUGAGCGUACAUGGAACUCUAGACUCCGUAGACCAGUUUCUUAAUCUAAAGCUGACAGAUAUUGAUGUCACAGAUCCAGAAAAAUAUCCGCACAUGCAAUCAGUCAAGAACUGUUUCAUAAGAGGAUCUGUUGUGAGAUAUGUACAGCUCCCAGCAGAAGAGGUUGAUACACAAUUGCUGCAAGACGCCACAAGAAAAGAAGCAGUUCAAAGCAAAACAUAAUUGGUGUCGACAUUGCAUAAAAUUGUACCUAAGACAUGCAACACUGAUCUAUAAUGUCAAACAGGAGGAUCUCAUGCUCAUACCUGUAUAUUGUACAUAAAUGAUGUUUUACAUUUAUAUCAAAACWAGUUCAUAAUUCAAUAAAAACAACUGCAGCUGUUUA